AUGAGUCCCUCCCACAAUGCUUUAGGUCUGACACCCAACAGUCAUCAGGCCAGCCUGUGGCUCAUUCAUGCUCUCAGGAUGAGAGCCAACAGCUGUUUGGAGGAAGGAGGACUAGCUCUCAGUAAAGUGACCGACAUCACACUUCCCAUAUGCAAGAUUACAAGGCGUCCAAAAGGCUUUGCCACUGUCACUUUCAUGUUUCCUGAGCAUUCUGUUCUUGCCAUGUCAAAAUUAGGCGGCACUUCGUUUAAAGGGCGCAUUCUGCACAUCCUUCCCGCUCACUGCGAUGAAAAGGAAAACAAAGAGAAAGAAGGAGAAAGCUUCAAAGAUAAGAAAGCCCGGGAGCAGAAAGCCACAGCCGGCUCGUGGCAUAACUGGAACACGUUAUUCUUGGGCAGUGGAGCUGUCAUAGACAUCAUGGCUGAAAAGUAUAAAAGAUCAAAGCAAGAGAUUCUAGAAUCUGAAGGCAAGCAAAGUGUUGCAGUAAAUCUGGCGUUAGGGGAAUCUCAGAUUGUUGAUGAAACCAGACGGUUUUUGGAAGAAAAUGGUAUAUCCUUAGAUGCGUUCACUAGCCCUGGUGUGCAGAGGUCAAGCACGGUAAUACUCGUCAAGAAUUUACCUGCCAACACAAGAGCUCAGGAAUUGUUCCAGAUUUUUUCCCGAUACGGAGAGCUUGGGAGAGUGGUUCUUCCUCCUGCUGGUGUAACAGGAAUUGUGGAGUAUCUAGAUCCAGGAGAGGCAAAGAAAGGUUUUCGUAGCCUAGCGUACAGCAAAUUUCACUAUUUGCCUCUGUAUCUUGAGUGGGCUCCUCAGCAAGUAUUCAAGAGUGAUGCUGCGCAAAAAUCAAAGUCGUCAACGGAUAUGAAAACUGAGCCACAGGGUGAAGGUAAAGAAAUAAAAAAAGAGAAAUCAUCAGAGCCAGGAAAGGAGGAGGAAAAUCAGUCCAAAAAGUUACCAGCUCCUGAACCCAACACCACUGUCUAUGUCAAGAAUCUUAAUUUCAGUACAACAGAAAAGGUGCUAAAGAAGCAUUUCACAAGAGCAGGUCCAGUCCACUCAGUUUUGAUUGCCAAGAGACGAGGACUCUCCCAAGGAUACGGCUUCGUACAGUUCAUCAAGCAGUCGGAUGCACAGAAAGCAUUGAGAGAAAUGCAGGACUCUCUGUUAGAAGAAAAGAACCUGCAAAUAAAAUUAUCCGAAAAGACUUUAGCGACACCUGUCACAAGUGCAAGAAUGAUGCAUGACAUUGGUGAACAACACUCAAGUAAAAUCCUUGUCAAGAAUAUUCCUUUUGAAGCCACAAGAAAGGAAAUUCGCCAGCUUUUUGCCACUUUUGGAGAGCUGAAAUCAGUGAGGCUGCCAAAUAAACCUGCCACCCAGGACCACAGAGGGUUCGGCUUUGUUGAUUUUGUAACGCGAGAGGAAGCUAAGAAAGCUUUUGAAGCACUCUGCCACAGCACCCAUCUGUAUGGGAGACGUCUGGUUUUGGAAUGGGCUAAGGACGAGGAAACUAUUGAAGAACUACGAGAAAAGACGGCUCAGCAAUUUCUUUCAGGCGGAGGACCACCUUUAAAAAAGAAAAGGUUAGCUGAAACCUUAGAAAAUAACAUGGAAGUUGGUGAGGAGGAGGACUAGCGUGCAGUUUAUUUAUAUUGGUAUUUAUAUGUUAUUGAAGAUUGGAAAUUGUACUGUUAUCAUUAAAGAUAUCUUGAGAGAACUCUCCAUUGUAUGGAAGUGAAAGAGUGGACAGUUUCUUAAGAAAUUGCCAUAGACAUUAGGCCCCAAGGCAGGCUUACUGAAUUAAAAUCUUCCUCUCUUCUUAAGUACUGUACAGAAUUAUAGUUUUAAGUCCAAAUAAAUACAAUUUCUGUA